UACAAAGCAGAAGAGUAGUAAACGUAAAUACGCGGCUAACAAAUUUUUCGAGUUUUUUUUAAUAAACGAAGCGCAGUAGUGAUAUAGAAAUUCAUUUUUGUUUUCUUUAAUUUCGGUUGUAAAUAAAGUGCAAAUAUGCUAAAAAGUGAAGCCGCGAUCAGUACAAAAAAUGCCAUCACCGUAAAUAGUGCAUCCUCUGGUGAUUCACUGACACCACAACAACAUCAAAACGAACCGCUAUCACCACAAAUUUUAGACGCUUACCGGGAAAUUGCCAAACGCAAUGCAAUCGAUGAUUUUGAAUUGUCUUUGCAGCCAAUCGGUGGCCCAGGUGAAAAUUCAUACGGUUCUGUGCAUAAAGUUCUGCUCACACCCAAGCGCGCACUUCCUACAUUAACGACUUUACGUCCGCUUCAUACAAUACUCAAAAUAGCGCCUAAAAGCCCGGCGCGCCGCGCGCACAUGCGCGUCAAGGAUGUUUACGCGCGCGAAGUGUUUAUGUAUGCGACUGUAUUUAGUGAAUUUGCGGCGCUUGACGCGACGCACGAUGCUGCUCAUUGCGCUCACUUCAGCGUCGCACCGCAAAUGUUGUUUGCCUCAUUGGAGGAUAGUGCCGAGUUUAUUAUAUUCGAAGAUUUGUCCAAUGCAGGUUUUACGAUUAAUUCGCGCACUAAUUUGCCCACCUACGAUUUGGUGGUGUGCGCAUUUCGUGCCAUUGCGCAGUUACAUGCGAUGUCGUUCGUGCUGCAAGCGCGCCAGCCGCAACGGUUUGCCGCUUUGGUGGCACAAAUGGAUGAUAAUUUGUUUACGUUGGAUAUGGAAGUGGUGUCAUUGGAGUUUGGCAAGAAAUAUGUGCGACGCACACGACACAUGCUCGAGGCAGAUUUGAAGGAGAGCGGUGAGCAUACGCCGCAGAUGGAGGAAGUGUUGCAGGCAUUGCAGAAAAUCGAGACUAAUUUUCAUGAGAUUUGUUUGGACGCGGUCAAUGGUGUAGCGUAUGCGCCCUAUUCGGUGAUUUGUCAUGGCGACUUCUGGAACAAUAAUAUUCUCUAUGAGUUUGAUUCCACCAACCAACACGUCGCGACUAAGGCCAAACUGAUUGACUUUCAAAUUUCGCGCUAUUCACCGCCAAUCUUAGAUUUGGUACACUACCUUUACGCCUGCACCGAGAAGCCGCUACGAGAUGCGCAUUUUCAUGAAUUCAUGCAAAUCUACUACGACACAGUGACACAGUUUAUACGCGACUACCAAUUGGACCCCACAAUAUUGUAUCCUGAAACGAUAUUCAGACAACAAUUGCGUCAAUUUGGUGCUUAUGGUUUUUGCAUGUCGGCUUUCUCAGUGCCAUUUUUCGUAUCGAACGCCAGUGAAUUACCCGAUUUGGAUAAAGUUUCGGAAGCGGUGCAAGAACUCUCCUCAUCAUCGGACAGUUCGGAUACGGAUGAAAGAAACAAUGAAGUUGGAGUUGAGCAACAGAGUGGCAGGUCACAACAAAAAAGUAACAAGAAUGACAACAACAAUGCGAUAUCACCAAAAAGCCAAAGCGCAGCAGAAUUGGUAGAUGAAUACGACAUACUGACGGAACGUACUGUGCCGAUAUUCAAAAAACGUAUGAUUGGCAGUGUGUUAGAUUUGCAAAAAUACGAAAUGAUUGAAGCCUUAUUGAAAUAUUAGCAGGUGGAUGUGGUAGGUGGAAGGUGGGAGAUAAAUGUGUAUAUAUAUGUGUGUGUGUGGAAAAGGAUUGGUUGUACUGUUGAAGGUAGUUAUUAUCAUGUGUUAUAAAUGGGAGAGGGCAUGCUUUAAAGCCUCUGCUGUUGUUGCUAUUGUUGUUGUAGCCUCGCGUCAGAAAUAGUUACAGUGGGUGCAAGUUAGGUUAGGUAUUUGUGGCAGUCGGCUUAGAGUAGCCAACUCCCUUAGACUACGUAGGGACGCUGUGGUACCACUGUACAGGAACCUUACUCUUUAGUUUUCAUUUAACCAGUUAGACUAUUUUAUGAAGCGUAGAAUAGGUUUUAACCCAACACCGGCUACGGCUGGACAAUUACAGAGGAAGUGUUCUACUAUAUUUUCCUCUUUCUCAUCUCUACAAUUUCUGCCGUAUUCAAGUGAAAAUACUUCUAGCCUAGAAGAGUGCUUAUCUAACAGUUAACUACCGGUAACACAAGCCGCGAUUUUCGAGAUGAUCUCUCUUGAGAGGUGGAGCAAUUCUCUUGAUCUUUUCUUAUCUAUUUGCGGCCAAAUUAGCCUGGUUGUAACAUAAGUAUUUUCCUUUCUCCAUGACCUAUUAGCCUCCAGGAGAAUAUUAUUUUUUAUCCUUAAUUUGCAAGUUUUCACAGGAAUGCUAAUAUUGCCUCUGUUUUCAAGCAGUAGAGCAUUAGUACUCUUUCUGAGUAGUUCGUCGGCCUUACAAUUUCCUUCAAUAUCUCUAUGUCCCGGAGCCCAUAUAAGGCUGACCUUGAAGACUACACAGUUAUUGUAAUGGCACAAAAAUUAUUUGUAAUAUAAAUUCUUGUUGUUACAGUCGGUUCAGAGUUAUGGUGGAAUCAAACGGAUUUGUAUCCGUUCUAAGAAAAAUUACAGCAACAGCAUUCCUCAAAACUGUAGGCUUCUUCUAUUCGCCACUUCUUUACGCACCAUAUCUCAGCUCGGCUCACUUGAUGAAAAAUUUGCAUGCGAAAGCAACAACAAAGUUAUCUAGUAUAGUUAAACCUCACAAAGGUGGCUUAACUCAGUAUUUCACAAAUGUAAUUUUAGGCAGGUCUACAAGGUGAAGUCCAAAAUAAACAAGACUGAGCUAAAAUAGAAACGACAGGAGCUUUGUUUUGAUAACUUCGAGUUUUUUUUAUUCAAAAUAGUCCCCUCUGGCCUCGAUACACUGUUUUGAGCUUUUCGAAAGAGUGUUUCAGGUCAUUGGCCGGAAUGUUACUCAGGAUGUCGGUGAAAGCCUUUUGGAUGGCCUCUACGGACGCAAAACAUUUUCCUUUCAUGGCCAAUGCAAUUUUCCGAAUAGGUAGAAGUCACAGGGAGCUAUAUCAGGCGAAUACGGUGAGUGAUUGAUGGUUAAAAUGCGAUUCCUAGUCAAAAAAUCCUUGUGGACAACUCCCUUGGCCAAAUAAAUGAGCAUCGACUUGUUUUUUGACUUCUCCAAACGAGAUUUUUUGGGUGGCCUUUCAUUCGAAACUUUGACGCUUAGUUUUAGGUUCAUAUUGGAAACACCACGUUUCAUCACCAGUUACAAUGUUGUAAAGGAAGUUCUUGUCUUUUCUCGACUCUUUAAUGGGGUCUUUCGAAUGUUGAAUUCUGAGCAGUUUUUGAUCCUCGGUUAACUUGUGCAGAAUUAAGUUCAAAUAAUUAGUUAAAAUGUGAUAAAUCGAUGUUAUGGAGAUAUUCAACUCCGAUUCCAUGAAUUUCAACGAUGAUUUAAUUUUUCAUAAAUUUAUGGAUCAUUUCGCUGGAGUUUUCAGUGAUUACUGAUUUUGGGCGGCCCGUAUGUUUAUCGACAUUUAUGUCCUCACAACCAUCUCUGAAACGUGUUAACCACUCAUGAACUCUGGCACGGACUACACCUUCAUUACCAUUUAGAAUGUUUCGGUACACAUUUUACCGCUUUUAAAACAAAAUUUGAUAUUAGCUCCUGGUUCGAAACUCGUUUUUGUACCGAUGGCACAAACAUACUGACACUUUAGACGCGAUAACUUCGCUUCCACUGAACCGAAUGUCAUCGAACUUCCACUGGAAGUCAGCUAGGGAUGUAACUUCCAACGCACUAACUCAUUAAAAGGAAUGGCGCCAUCAAAAACAUUUUUAUGACGCCAGUCUUGUUUAUUUUGGACUUCACCUUGUAUUCCAGCGUCGCCAAGAUAUGCCAGUUGCUUCAUCUAUUCGCCACUUGCUAAAGCUUCGCGUAAAGCAGAGGCCUUGUAUAUGCUGUUACAACAACAAAACCAACAACAUGCAUUUGGCGAACAUUUUGUUAGUGGUGAUAAUUACUGUAAUUAUUAUUAGUCUAAUAAUUUUUUUUAAUAAAACAUCAUUCACAAAUCACAAAGUGAUAAGCAGGAGCUUAGGAUGACCGACCGAUUGGUUAAAUAUACAAAAAAAUUGUAGAAAAUAUUUACAUUAAAAAAUAAUUAGUUAUCAAUUUUUGUUGUUACAGAUUCAUAUUUUUUAUAUUGUCAUAUAGUUGAAUUGUUAUAUUAAACUUGAUAGUUACGAUACAGGAAUUGCAUAGAAGCUAACAAAUGUACCUUUCGAAAGAAGAAAUAGAAUUAAACUAUACAAAUGUGAUUAAAAGGAAUUGUACAAAAUAUAAUAUUAUUCUUCAUUAUAACAGUAUUGAAUGUAAAAAACAAAAACAAAAAAUUAUUGUAACUCAACAAAAGUGUGUUUGUUAAGGUUAGUACAUACUAAGUACAAUGUGUGGAGGCUAAAAGUUCCAUUAAAGUGCUGCUUGUGAUUAAUAUGAGAAAAGUUAGUGCAAGA